UUCAUCGCAAAUGCGGGAGUCAUGGCUGUUGAUGGGCUUACUCAAGAUGGACUUGAGUUGCAGUUUGGCGUUAACCAUGUUGGCAAUGCGACGCUUUUGAUGGCUCUUUUACCAAUCAUGCAGAAGACCGCGGAAAAAGGGGGUGAGGUUCGGUUUGUAAGUGUUACUUCACUCGGAUACGCAGGCCAUCCAAAGAAGGGCAUUGAGUUUGAGACGCUCCAUUCACUCCAAGAACACUUACCCUUUGGGACAUGGAGUCGUUACGGACAGAGCAAACUCGCCAACAUCGUCUUGGCCAAGGAAUUGGAACGACGAUACCCUGCUAUCAAGAGCGUUGUUGUUCAUCCUGGUGUUAUCGCUACGAAUCUGGUCACAGGCUUGGGAUUCUGGAAGAGAAUGUUUGUGUAUGUUACCAACCCAUAUAUGAUGACGGUUGAACAGGGUGGAUACAACACUGCUUGGGCUGCUGCAGGAGACGUCAAAACAAGAGAUGAGACAGUGGCGUUUUAUGAACCAGUUGGAAAGGCAAACAAGGGGGAUGAUAUGUGUUUUAGUGAGGAAUUGGGAAAGAAGCUGUGGGAGUGGACAGAAGAGAAGAUCGAGAGUGUGAAGCAGUCACAGUCGGGGUAGCCAGUGUCUUCCUAGUAGUCCUUUCAAUUCUAGGUAAAAC